GUCUAACUUUUUUUAAUUUAAACCAUUGUUUUGCCAAAAAUGAACCCAUAAAUUUGCCAAAAGGUGGUACACCAGUAGUUGGGAACCAAGAGAACAAUGAGUGUAGGACAAAUGGCCACCUCAAAUCUUCCCGCCCUCGUUUCCCGGCCAACCCCUCGCCGGAACUGGCAACUUCCUACCGCCCCGACCAUAUUUUUUUCUCCUCCCAGAAAAAACCUCCAGUCACAUCAGAAAUUCCAAGGGGCUGUUCGGCUGAGCAUGGUGGAUCUCGAAACAAGUCCGCCAAGCCCUAAACAAGACACGACCGGCGGCGGCGGCGGCGGCGGGGGCAUGGGGGAGCUGGUGGAUUUCUUGUACAGGGAUCUCCCCCACCUCUUCGACGAUAAAGGGAUCGAUCGGACGGCCUAUGAUGCCGCGCUCAAGUUCAGAGACCCCAUCACAAGUCACGACGACCUCAAUAGCUACCUCCUUAAUAUAGCCACCUUGAAAUUCUUGUUCAGGCCUCAAUUCGAUUUGCAUUGGGUCAAACAGACUGGGCCCUCGGAAAUAACCACACGGUGGAGUAUGGUUAUGAGGUUUCUUCUUCUGCCAUGGCAGCCUCAAUUGGUCUUCACCGGCACGUCUGUGAUGAGUGUCAACCCAGAAACAAACAAGUUCAUCCGCCACGUUGACUACUGGGAUUCAAUCGUGAGCAGUGAUUUUUUUUCGAUUGAAGGUUUAAUUGAUGUAAUAAAGCAGUUGAGAUAUUACAAGAUGCCGCGCUUGGAAAUGCCUUCUUAUCACAUCCUAAAAAGAACUGCAAGCUACCAGGUAAGAAAAUAUGGCCCUUUUUCAGUUGUAGAAAGGGACGGUGACUCGUUAGCAGGAUCAGAUGUGUUCAAUGAUUUGGCUGGGUAUAUCUUUGGGAAGAACUCUGCAUCACAGAGGAUGGCUGUUGCCCCUCCUGUUAAUGGAAAUACACAAGCAUCUUCUUCUGUUGAUGAAAAAUCUGAAAUCGCAAUCCAGUUUGUUCUUUCAUCUGCUAAAUCUAUGAAAAGUUUGCCAACUCCAAAUGAGGGAGUAAAAUUGAGGGAAGUUGAAGGAGGGAUUGCUGGCGUAUCCAGUUUCAGCGGGAAACCAACAGAGAGCAUUGUUAAAGAGAAGGAGAAAGAUCUGAGGUGUAGACUUAUAAGGAAUCGUCUCAAACCGAAACCAGGGUGCUUGCUCGCUCUCUACAAUGAUCCUGAUGCGACUUGUGAACACAUAAUGAGAAAUGAAGUGCUUAUAUGGCUGGAAGAAUUCUCAUUGGAUUGAUGCUUUGGAAACCUCAAUUAUCCAACUCCAAGUAGAGGAGAAGCAGUAGCACGCAGAGCCUUCAUAUAUAGUCAUCAAAAAGUAUAAAGGUUUCGGCUAAACAACCCUUGCCCGUAGGGACAUUGGUUUUAUGGGUUCUUCAAUGAACGGUAGCACGGUACAAUUCUGUCUUUGUUGGUUAACCGAAAACUUGGUGAUGGUUUGGCAAGCUCACCACGAAGUGGGUUCUUGACUAGCAUUAACAAAUUCUUGGACUUUGAGGGCCCAUGGAAUUUAGAUUAAUAAGAAAUUACAGCAAAAAAAUGCCUAUUUGAUAGGCGGAUUAUCCGAGGAUAGAAUUACGAGAUACAGUGUAUGAUAGUAUGAUUGAGUAUAUAGAUAGAUGGAAUGUGUAAGCUCAAACUCACUCUCGAAUUGCACGGGAAU